UCUCGCGUCCCGCACCCGCGCGUACCGGGGUGGUUCCGAGAGGAGCGUGCCCAGAAACUUCUAACUGCUUCUCACCGUGUGUCCCGCCCCCCGCCCCUCCGCCCCCGAAGCUGAAGGGAAGAGGCCGGGAUGGUUGAAAACUCUCCGGCCCCACUGCCAGAAAGGGCAAUAUACGGAUUUGCUCUUUUUUUGGGAUCCUGGUUUGGCUUUAUUUUGUAUCUUAUCUGGGCAUAUGUUCCUGAGACUUGGCUGUUCUCAUUGGGACUAACAUAUUGGCCUCAAAAGUACUGGGCAGUUGCUUUGCCAGUGUACCUACUAGUUGCUGUAGGGAUUGGUUAUAUAUUACUCUUUGGUAUUAACAUGAUGAGUACAGCUCCACUUAACUCCACGAAUACCAUUACAGAUAACUAUGCAAAAAAGCAGCAACAGAAGAAAUUUCAAGAAGAAGCAAUUCCAGCAUUGAGGGAUAUUCCCAUCAGUGAAGUAAACAGAAUGUUUUUCCUUCCUGAGAAAGGAAUCUGCAAUAGCAGAUAGUCAUUAUUAAGAUCUGUUUGAAUAAAGGAUUAGUAGAAGUGUUACAUAAGGAAAAUCAAAACUUCUCCAAGCAAAAAAAAAAAAAAAAA